CAAAGUGGAUACACAGUAUUGGAAGGGAAAGGGGUGCCAUAUGUGUGUUAUUGGCUGUCACAAAAAGACUACAAUUUUGUCAUCUUUAUAAAAACACCUAAUUCAAGAAUCCCAUGCACUCAUCCUCUAUAUAUGAUGACAAAGCUUACACUUCUCCAUUAACAAAUUUAAGCAUUUUACAGCAGCAGCCCACCAACAUCUGGUGCUUAUAUCUCUCCAGUUAUUAUGUCAGCAGCAUCAUCAACUUAGACUUCAUGGAACAAACAGCACUAGAAAACAGUCCUCCUCCUGCCCCUCUAGCCCCCCCUCCAAAAUGGCCUCCAAGUUUCAAUCACACAGCCCUUUAUUCAGAGCUGCAAACGCAAUGGCGGAUAACGGUUCCGUUGGUGGCUAUGAACUUGACGUGGUUCGCGAAAAUAGCCAUAACGACAGCGUUUCUUGGACGGUUGGGGGAGCUGCCGCUGGCAGGUGCCACUCUUGGUUUCACCUUCGCUAACGUGACUGGUUUUUCAGUGUUGAAUGGGCUGUGUGGUGCUAUGGAGCCGAUAUGCGGUCAGGCGUUUGGAGCCAAGAACUUUAGGCUCCUGCACAAGACUCUUGUUAUGGCCACUUGUUUGCUUCUUGCUGUAUCAGUCCCUGUGGCUUUUCUGUGGCUUAAUGUUGAUAAGAUUCUCAUCCACUUUGGCCAACAGAGAGAUAUUGCAAUUGUAGCAAAGAAGUAUUUGAUUUGUCUCCUCCCUGAUUUGAUCAUAACUUCCUUCUUGUGUCCUUUGAAAGCUUACUUAAGCACACAGAACAUAACCAUUCCUAUCAUGUUUAGCUCGGCCCUGGCCGUGGCUCUGCACGUGCCCGUUAACAUUUUUCUUUCCAGGGCGAAAGGGCUGGAAGGGAUAUCAAUGGCCGUGUGGAUUACUGACUUUGUGGUUAUGGCAUUACUCGGAUUGUACGUUUUGGUGGCUGAGCGGAGAAAGGGAGGGAAGUGGAAGGAGGGAGGGUGGUGGGAACAAGGGAUAGGCGAGUGGAUGAGUCUGCUGAAGCUAAGCGGGCCGUGUUGCCUCACCACGUGCCUUGAGUGGUGGUGCUAUGAGAUAUUAGUCCUGCUCACGGGCCGCCUCCCGAAUGCUACAGAGUCGGUUGGAGUUAUAGCCAUUGUGCUGAACUUUGAUUACCUGCUCUUCUCUGUUAUGCUGUCUCUGGCAACAUGUGCAUCAGUUCGUGUGUCAAAUGAGCUUGGCGCCAACCGUCCUAAGAUCGCCUACCGAUCAGCAUACGUUUCCCUUGUUAUCAGCAUACUAUCCGGCUUUGCUGGUGGCUCUACUAUGGCUGCUGCAAGAGGCAUAUGGGGUCCCUUGUACAGCCAUGACAGGGGAAUCAUGAGAGGCGUAAAGAGAACAAUGCUGCUAAUGUCGAUCAUUGAAGUCGUUAACUUCCCAUUAGCAGUGUGUGGAGGGAUAGUGAGGGGAACGGCUCGGCCAUGGCUGGGAAUGUACGCCAAUAUCUUGGGAUUCUAUUUGCUGGCGCUGCCGCUGGGCGUGGUUUUAGCCUUCAAGCUGGGUUUGGGGCUGGGGGGCUUGCUGAUGGGAUUCAUGGCAGGUGUUGUAGCUUGCUUGCUUCUGCUACUGGUAUUCAUUGCAAGGAUUAAUUGGGAUAAUGAAUCUGACAAGGCACGGAUGCUCACCUGUAACCAACAGGAGCUAUAUAAUCAAGACAAUGAAGAAGAACACACCAAUCCAAAACCAAUACAUACUAUUGCAUAAUCAAACACUUGUUUGUUUUCUUGUUUCUUCUACUCAUUUUACAGAACAUGGCAUGGUGUGUAGGUAACUUUUACCGAUCUGUAUAAGCA